GCAGACUCCUCAUUCAGCAACCAGAAGCACUGCGAGCGGCAUGGCAAGGGCUUGGGCAGGUGUGGUGAGGGGGUGACGGGCCAACCAGACCAUCAUUAUCAUCACGGGCAGCAGAUGCAGAUGCAGUAUCCUCCAGUCCUGUCCGAGUGAAGACACGCGCUGCUGAUAAGAGUCACUCACACGCUGAUGAUAAAACGAUGCACCAAUCGCCGCCACCGACCAGGUGUUGGAGCAAGGAGCAGGGACGCCGUUAACCUGACAGAAAGCCGACCCGUAUCUAUGUGCUGCGCGCGCUUCUCUCUGGUCCCGUUUGCAGACGAUCGAGAAGAUGCUGAGCCGACUGAUGAGCAGCAGCGUCAGGAGUCUGGACAGGGAAUGCAACUGCACGGUGAGGCUGCUGGACGACUCGGAGUACACCUGCACGAUCCAGCGAGAUGCCAAAGGACAGUACCUGUUUGACCUCAUCUGCCACCACCUCAACCUCCUGGAGAAAGAUUACUUUGGCAUAAGAUAUGUCGAUCCAGACAAACAAAGACACUGGUUGGAGUUUACAAAGUCUAUUGCCAAACAAAUGAAGUCCCAGGCACCUUUCACCAUGUGUUUGCGUGUGAAGUUUUAUCCACCAGACCCCGCUGCUCUGAAAGAGGAAAUCACCAGAUAUCUAGUCUUCCUGCAGGUUAAGCGGGACCUCUAUCACGGCCGCCUACUUUGCAAGACAUCAGAUGCCGCUCUGCUAGCUGCCUACAUAUUACAAGCUGAAAUUGGUGAUUACGAUCCUGGGAAACACCCUGAAGGCUAUAGCUCCAAGUUCCAGUUCUUCCCCAAGCACUCGGAGAAACUGGAGCGGCGAAUUGCUGAGAUUCACAAGACUGAGCUGAUAGGUCAGACUCCUGAAACAUCAGAGCUCAACUUCUUGCACAAAGCCCAGACUCUUGAGACUUAUGGAGUAGAUCCGCAUCCAUGCAAAGAUGUGUCUGGGAAUCCUGCUUUUCUUGCUUUCACUCCAUUUGGAUUCACUGUGCUACAAGGAAACAGGAGGAUCCAUUUUCUGAAAUGGGAGGAGGUAACCAAACUUAAAUUUGAAGCAAAGACAUUCCAUAUAUAUGCAACUCAGAAUGAGGACAGAAAGAUUAUACUUACGUACUUUGCACCUACACCAGAAGCCUGUAAGCAUCUGUGGAAGUGUGGAGUGGAGAACCAGGCCUUCUUUAAGUUGGAGAAAUCAAGUCAAGUUCGUACUGUGUCCAGUAGCAAUCUCUUCUUCAAGGGUAGUCGCUUUAGAUACAGUGGAAAGGUUGCAAAAGAAGUGAUGGAACAAAGUGCCAGGAUCAAAAGGGACCCCCCUGAGAUCCACAGGGCUGGUAUGGUUCCCAGCAGGAGCUGUCCAUCUAUCACUCACGGUCCUCGUCUGACCAGCGUGCCCCGAACCCGAAGGAGAGCUGUACACAUCUCCAUCAUGGAAGGAUUAGAGUCUCUCCGAGACAGUGCCCACUCUACGCCGGUGCGCUCUGUCUCCCAUGGUGACUCCUUCAUGUCCAGCCGGGGCCACCUGGAGGACGGGAGCGAGGCCAGCACGUCAAGAGUGAUCUCCGAUGAGACCUACAGUCCCUCGGACAGUGUGCUGCCCACUCCUGUAGCAGAGCAUGGCGUGGAGCUUCCUUCAGCUCGCCAUCUCAACGGCGCACCCUGCAGCAUCGACGAGGAGAAGGAAUCAGAGGCGAGGGCUCUGAAGGAGGGGCACACAGGGGAGUUCAGGCCUGGCAGGAAAGCACCGCGCAUGGUCCGUAGCAGGCCUUCACAAGGCGCUGAUGUAGAGGAUCUUAACAAGUUCGUCUUAAGCGUGCUGCGCCUGUUCCUGGUCACCAUUGGACUGCUGUUCGCCCUUUUGCUGCUGCUCAUCAUGCUGACCGAGUCCGACCUGGACAUAGCCUUCCUGAGGGACAUCCGCAAGACACCAGAGUUCCAGCAGUUUCACUUUGAGUAUUUCUGUCCUCUCCGGCGCUGGUUCGCCUGUAAGCUACGAUGGAUGGGCAGUUUUCUUGUUAGCAAAUGAGGUAAAGUGACAGAGGAGAGUCCAUGACUUAACACAGGUCUCCGGGGACAGAGACGGUGCAGAACAGGAGAAAAUAAGAGGAAUGCGACAGCUUUGUUUAUAUUGGCUCUGCUCCUCCCAGGAAGGAGUUCCAGUCGCAAGCCACAGACUGCCGUGAUUAUAAUGUAUGACUAUCACUACAUAUGUAGGAAAAGAAAUCACACUUUGUUUUAGGAAUCCAGGUCAUUUUAAGGUAUUUUAUUUUUACAGUCACAAAAGCAGGGUGAAUCAAAGCUUUGAUGAAAGUCGUUCAGGCUUCGCUUGUUCAGCCAGAGAUAGUUGCCUUUAUUUUUCUAUUCAUUUAUACUUUAUAUCAUUACUGUGAGAGAGGAUGCCCUGAGACUUAAGGGAAAGUUGUGAAGAGAGAUUAAAAAAAAGAGAACAAAAUAGGUGAUUAGUUUUAUCAACCCAAUAAUGACCUGAAUGAUAAACAACAACCUUGAUAAUUAUUGGUGACCCUUCUUAAAAAUGUGCAAAAAGCCUUCAAUCUUAGCAAUUUCAUACAUGAUCCGACAUUUAAUUGACUUUUGAUUAAUUUUUUUAGCAGUGUAAAACAAAUUCAUUUAUAAUAGGUACUUGGUUUUAUUUAUUUAUUUUUUUUUUUUUUUGCAAAAUCAGCCUUUCCAAACUUAUUGUAAUUUAUGAAUCAAAACAAAGGCAAAUAAUCCCCACAAAAUACAAAUGUAAUAAAAGCAUAGAUUUUUAGAUUUAUCUAUUUUUAAUUUUGGUUAUUGUUUGGAAACUAUAAUUUAUAAUCAAUAGUUUCCAGGUCCUCAAAUUAAAAUGAUUUUUGUAAUGUAUUCAGUGUGAAAUUAUGCUACAAAAGAUAAAUUUGUUUUAGGGCUUUUUAUGCAUUUUUACCAACAGUCCACAUAAAAGUUGAAGGUGGUGUUUAGGCUACCACUAGAAGACAUAUGCAGGGGUGACUAAGCAUAGAACCAAGAAACAUCACAAACUGAUUAAUUAAACAAAUUUUGAACCAGAUGAUCUGUUUAUGCUCAGUUAAAACAACUACAAACAGUUAUUCAUCAUCACUUCAUGAUUCAGAGUGAUGCGGGUGCUACCCUGUCAGCUGGUUUGAACAAUGUUUGUCAGUUUAACUGUGUCCAUGCUCAGGUGUUCGUCAGAUGUUCUCACAUGGUCAUUUUAGUCCAAACACUACUGGACCAUCAAAGUCUGCAAAACAAAAUAAGCCUUUCAUAAGAAUACGUAUAAGAUAUCAAAGUUAUAAGUUUACUGCUUAUUAAAUAGGAGCCAAAUAACACAAUCAGUUUCUGUGUGAAGAGUUGGUGCCACUUUGCUGUAGCUUGAAGGGAAAACGUGAAUUAAUAAUGUAGUGGUAGUCAAGCUUUUGGUUAGUUCUCCUCACAAAAUCUGUAGAAAGUUCAUCUUGAUGUUCAAUAAUGUUAAAAAUCCAAAAUACUUUCUACCUAAGGAAAUUUGACUUUGUAAAAUUUGAAAACUUUGUGCUAUUUUCCCACAGUGUUAAGAGAUAGGUUUAUGUCAGAACCCUACAGAAGUGAGUCAUUUAAGUUUGUGUUACCCUAAAAUCAUGCAUUUAUUUUAAGGUUUAGUAUAUUUAAAUGGUGUUUAUUUUUGUACAAAUUGCUGUCAGUUUAUCCUAUGGACACCUCCUCACAGUGGCUGUUACAUGUUUUUACAACAAAAAAUGUUUUUAAGGCACUCAUUAGAAAGCAGUCAUUGUUUAUAUCCAACACAGCAUUGUUCAUCGCCACGCCAACCAAAGAAACCUCUGUUGUUUCACAGCCUGUUUGCAUCAACAGAUGAACGCUCUUCUAGUCUGCUGACUAUCUUCAGCCUUAUUACUCUGAUUUUUUGCAAGCAAACCUACAAUGUGUCUUUAUUUUCCAAAAAAAACAAAACAAAACAAAACAAAACAAACUCCAAACGUUAGUGUUCACAGUCAAGUGUUUGUCCUCAGGAUGAAAAAAAAAACAGAAAUGCUGCGCUCCAGUGAAGUGUGUUAGCAGAUGUGGAACAUUAUGCUUUAAAAAGAGACAUGAUAUGAUUUUAUUGUUUGGUUGAGAAAUUCUACAUAUAUAUACAGGUAAUUAGGGUCGAUGGUUACUGUGUGAUUUACAUUUUUUCCCAAAUGAAAAAUCAACCUCUCUAGAGACAGCAGUAUGUAUUUUAUUGGUUUUACAUGGUAAAAAAAAAAAAAAAAAAGAAUUAAAAAUUCUGCUUUUUACUUUGUAGCUCUAGGGAGUUUCAGUAAUAUGCUUCCAACAAUAUUUGUGCAGUUGAAACCAUGUUUA